AUGGAUCUAAGUAUACUUAAGGUUGCAACAGACAAUUUCUCUGAUGCACAUAAACUUGGAGAAGGUGGUUUUGGUCCAGUUUACAAGGGUAAACUACUUGAUGGACGAGAAAUAGCUGUCAAAAGGCUAUCAAGGAGCUCAGCGCAAGGUCUAGAAGAACUUAGAACAGAAGUACUGUUGGUUGCAAAAUUGUUGCAUCGUAACCCGAUAAGGCUUUUGGGCUUCUGCUUAGAAGAAGAAGAGAAGCUACUUGUCUAUGAAUACCUACCUAACGGGAGCUUGGACAAAUUUUUGUUUGAUCAGAGCCAAAGAUUUUAUUUGGAAUGGGAAAGGAGGUCCAAAAUAAUUGUUGGAAUCGCUCGAGGACUACUUUAUUUGCAUGAAGACUCUCAACUCAAGAUUAUUCAUAGGGAUUUGAAAGCCAGUAACAUCUUGUUAGAUGAGUGCAUGAAUCCCAAAAUUUCUAAUUUUGGUUUGGCUAGACUAAUUGGGGGAAGCCACACUCAUGCCAACACAAAUCGAAUUGCUGGUACUCAAAAUCAAGCAGUCCAUAAUGGUGUUAUCCCUGAAGCCUCCCAGCUGGCUGCAAAAAUCAAUCGGAUUUCCUUGGAACACCAUGCAGCUUGGACUCCUUCCUCUAAACCAGUGAGAGAGCUUUGGUCUCCUCCUCCAACAGGCAUCUUCAAGGUGAAUUUUGAUACAGCCAUCAGAGAGAGUUUCUCUGUGCAAGCAGCUGUUUGCAGAAAUUCUAAUGGGCAGAUUAUCAAAAUCCUCUCCCAAGUCAGGCCCCCUUGUAAUCCUACUUAUGGUGAAGCUCAAGCAGCCCUUUUGGCAGCUUCCUUGGCAGCUUCUAUGCAUCUCGAUAAUUUCAUUUUAGAAGGAGACUCCUCUAUUGUAAUCUCAUCUUUACAGCAUCCUUCUAUAGUCUUGGAUUGGCAUAUUGAUCAUGUAAUUACUGACACUAUUUCUCUUAUUCCGGCCUCUUCCCUUUGGGAGACAAGAAAAGUCAACAGAAGUGUAAACUUCUGCGCCCAUCAUGUGGCAUAUAGGGCCGCGGCAAGAGUUAUCUCGGGCUGCAUUCCCUCCUUAUUUUCCCCUCCUCUCUCUAUUCCCAUUUGUAGUGGAAAAGAUCCACCCCCAUCUCUCCCCUCCUUGUGA